AUGGGUACAGAUGUUGGCAAGGCACUCGGCUUGGAGGGGGGGCUGCUCUGCCAGCUGAUCCGCUCCCCAGAUUACAACCUGUUCCCCAACUCGGCUGUUUUUGAGAGCAACUUCGUUCAGGUCACAAAGAAGGGGAAAUGGAUGGACAUCACCCACACGCCCACCAUUGUGACUCUGGCAGUGACCUCCUCGGAUCCCUGCCUCCCUCUCCCCAACGUGCUCCUGAUGGCCAAUCACCGGGCCCCGCUUGGCAGGCUCCACGCUGGCGGUCCCCAGAUGUCGCGGAUGGACCUAACCAGGCUGCUCCCCCUCCGCUACGUCCAGCUCUCUGUCCACAGCGCCUCCCAGCGCAUUUUGCGUCUCCAGACGGUGACCAAGACGGUGUAUUACCUGCAGCUGCACCACGAGCACCCAGAGGCCGUCUUUGCGCUCUGGAGCCGCCUGACCAACAUCCUGCACAACGGCCUCUCCACCACCACCAAGGACCCGGCCAUCCCCAUCCACCACUGCCUGGUCUCCAGCCGUAGCAGCAGUGCCUCCAGCAUCAGCCCCGUGGCCGAGCACUCUGAGACGGUGAUGAGGAGCCCAGGGAUAAUAAUGGGAAUGGGCAGGAAGGUGUCGGGCGCCCCCUCCCAGUUCUCCCCAAGACUCAGGCAAAAUCAGGAGAAGCCCAGGAGAGUCUCCUUCCAAGCGCAGCAGCAGAGCCUGGAGAGCUCGUCGGGACCCUCCAGCGACAUUAAAGUUCUCUUCUACGACCUGCCGCCGCCGCUGGUGUGCGCGCGGUGCCGGGGGCGGCUGCCCAGGACCGAGCCGCGGAGGUGCCGCCUGGACGCCCGGCCCGCCGACUCGGACCCGGAGCUGGCGCCCUGGAUGGACCGGAGGGUGCACGGCCUCUGGCAGCAGGAGACGCCCACCUGGCUGCAGCCCCUCUGCCGGCUCAGCAGCCUCGCCGCCGCCGGCUGGAAAUAG